CAGCUACUAUAGUUCUCUAAUUAAAUGAUGCCACUAUACAACUCCGACUUAACUCGGAAACUGAAAGCGAAGAAGCAUCCAGGUGGAAUCGGCGACUAACGAAGAUUAACUCAAAUCGCUCACAUUUUCAAUUCAUCUUUCUCCAUAAAUCAGAGAAACUGAAUUUCCUUCAGUUUACAUGGGAGAGAGGGUGGAUAUGUCUAAAUCAAGCAUGAGUUCUAAUUCUAAACAAAACAAUGCUAUCACUGGGAAAAAAUCGUACGAAAAACAGCUUGUUGCAUCGCGUCCUAAAGGAUUUGCACAAAGAUGUUAUGAACCCCUUGUUUCAUUGAGGCAUGGUGACUUUAGGACUACUGCAGGGUGUGCUGCAUUAUUUUUAGUUAAAGUUGCUGCUUUGGAGACUGUAAGGAGGUUCUCCAAGAGUAGAUGCCCGUGUCUGUGGCAAGGCCUGCAGGGGCUACAAAUCCUUGCCUACACACCAGUUCAAUGGUUUCAGAGGUGGGCUGGAUUCAGGGGUUUGGUCAAAAGCAUGCAGGUACUAUCAAAACCAUUAAUUGUCCUUUCCAUUGCAACAGCCUUUACUGAUCAACUAGAAUGUAGUGAUGGAACCUCAGACUAUAAUGCUGACUCUCGUGAUUCAGAAAUAUCUGCAGCAGAACCAUCUCCUGUGCAGGAUAAUUUGAAUACUAGUGAACUCGAGAAAGCUCCUGAAGUUUUAGAAUAUGAAAAAUGGUUGACUCAACUCGAUCAAGAGCUGGAAAAUCAAGGGAUUAGUUUACCUGAAAGAAUCAAUGAUGAUGAGCUCCACAGAUUUUACGAAGCUUCUAAUAAUGACUUUUCAUGCUUCCUUACCUCAAUCAAGAAGACAAUACAUUGGCGGGAGUAUUAUAAAAUCCUUUCUGUUGAAGAGCUGGAAAUGUGGUCAAAUAUGGUGUUCUGGCAUGGAUCUGAUUUGUUGCACAGACCUUGUCUCAUUGUAAGGCUUGGGAUGGCUUGCAGCUCAUUGGCAUCCCAAGACAGACCUCAAUUUGCUCGGGCAAUUGUAUCACAGGUAGAAUAUGGAGUCUUGCACUUAGUUGAUAGAGACAACCCUCAAAUUACAGUAUUGGUGGACUGUGAAGGGUUAUCCCCAUUGAAAGUUCCUAUGCAAAUUCUGAGAUCUUGUUCUUACAUUCUGCAAGAUCAUUUUCCUAAUCGGCUUGGUUGUUUGUUUGUCAUACGACUUCCAGCAUUUGUUCGUGUUAUUGCCCAUACUUUUUUACAGGUUAUAAAGCCAGUUACAAAGAAAAAGUUGAAAUUAGAAGGAGACAUGUACAAGAAGGUUCUUUAUGACAAUCUACCGACCAUACCAUCGUAUCUUGGAGGCGACUGCACAUGCGUGACUUGUUCUAAAAUGGGCAAGCGGAAUAUGGUGCAACUUCAUGAAGCUGAGACCAGCAGCAGUAGGGUUGUUAGGGAGGACGAUGUCAGUGACAACGAGGAUUUGCCAUCACUGUGUCUGCAUCCAUCUAUUGAAUUAGAUGACCGUCAAAGCUAUGAGAAGUUUUUGAGAACUGCUAUCAUAAGUGUUCUGGCAUUUUGGGUUGCCAUAGCUCUCGGUAGUGCUGGAAUAUAUGGACCUGGUUUGUUACCACGUAGUUAGCCAAAUUAGUUUUAUUUCCCCUAGUUGAAAUAAAUCUGUAGAGAAAAGCUCUAGUGUGUUUUGUCUUUGUGAAUUAGGAGAGUUGGCAAUGUUUCAAAUUCUAUGGAUAAAAGAUCUCCAGAUUUGGCACAGCAGCAAUAAAAAGGGCGCGUUUGAUGGUUUUAUAA